CCGUAAGAAUACUAUUAUUCAUACCAGCCCAGGCGUUUAGCACAACCGUUGCAUGCUACGGAGUCACUAAGUGCUACGACCAUGGCUGGAACAUAAGUGAAGCUGCUUCCCCCACACGGCGUGAGACGAGUCCGACAUCGUUCUGUUCUUCCCCAUCUGUAGUCUCCUUGUGCUCGAACAGACCGUCUGCAGCACAGCAAUCAAUCAUGGGUUUCUUCAAGAAUUACCGCGUCUAUGUGCUCACCACGGUGGCCUACUCGGGCUCGCUGCUCUUUGGCUAUGAUACCGGUGUGAUGGGCAGUGUCCUGGCCCUGACAAGCUUUAAGAAAGACUUUGGCCUGCCGACAGACUCUAGCGGCUUUGCGUCUUCCGCCAAUGCCCAGGUGUCUUCGAAUGUCGUGUCCCUGCUCACCGCCGGGUGCUUCUUCGGUUCCAUCUUUGCCGCGUUCCUCAAUGACCGCAUCGGUCGCCGCUACUCGUUGAUGCUUUUCUGCUUGGUGUUCAUGCUCGGUGCUGCCAUCCAGGUCGGUGCUCAUCACGAGAUCGGCAUGAUCUACGGUGGUCGGGUCGUGGCUGGCCUAGGAAUCGGCGGCAUGUCCGCCAUCACCCCGGUCUUUGUCAGUGAGAAUUGCCUCCCCGAGACCCGCGGUCGAGUGGCCGGCUUGUUUCAGGAAUUCCUGGUCAUUGGCAGCACCUUUGCCUACUGGUUGGACUACGGCGUCUCGCUGCGCGUUGCCCCGAGCACCCAGCAAUGGCGCAUCCCGGUUGCCAUCCAGCUUAUCCCCGGUGGUCUGAUGUUUACUGGCCUGUUCUUCUUGAAAGAAUCACCCCGCUGGCUCAUGCGGAAAGGCCGGCAUGAAGAGGCCCAUUCGUCACUUGCCUAUAUCCGAAACGAGCCUGAAGACAGCGAAUCCGUCAUGAAGGAAAUCGCAGAGAUCCGGGCCUCUCUCGAGGAGGAGCUUGCUGCAACUGAGGGUGUCACCUGGAAAGAAGCCAUCAGCAAGGGUAACCGCUACCGCUUCUUCCUUGCCUUCUGCCUCAUGUUUUGGCAGCAAUUCUCCGGCACCAAUAGUAUCGGCUACUACGCGCCGGAAAUUUUCCAGACUGUCGGUGUUAGCAAAACCAACGCGUCGCUGUUUGCCACUGGUGUCUAUGGCAGUGUCAAGGUUGUCAUGACAUUGAUCUUUUUGCUCGUGGGGAUUGACUUCAUAGGCCGGAAGAGGGCUUUGAUGGGAGGCGCUGUGUGGAUGGCUGCGAUGAUGUUCAUCAUCGGCGCAGUUCUGGCUACACACCCACCAGAUGUAAAGAGCGACACUGUCUCACCCGCAUCCAUGGCCAUGGUCGUGAUGAUCUAUCUCUAUGUCAUUGGAUACUCUGCAUCAUGGGGACCAACUCCUUGGGUAUAUGUCAGCGAGAUCUUCCCCACCCGCCUUCGCGCCUACGGUGUCGGUCUCGCCGCCGCCACCCAAUGGCUCUUCAACUUCGUCAUCACAGAAAUCACACCCCAGGCCGUGAACCACAUCGGCUGGCGGACGUUUUUGAUGUUUGGCAUAUUCUGUCUGGCCAUGGGCAUCUUUGUAACCUUCUUUGUGAAAGAAACUAAGGGCCGCAGUUUGGAAGAUAUGGAUGUGUUGUUUGGCACUGUUGAUGCAGAGCAGCGUGCCGCUGAUGUCGAGCAAGUCAUGAGCAAGAAUCGCAUUGAGCAUGAGGAGAAUGUUGACGAAAGCCGUGCUGCUAACACCACUACCACAGAAAUAGGGAAGGCGUAGACUCGCUAUAUAUUCUGGAGGUAAUUUCAUGUCUGUGAUAGCAAAAGAAUAUGUUGCGUAUUUGAGCUCUACUUAA